CAGUCAUAGGAAUUUGUAAAAAGAAAAUCUUUUAGAAAAUUUCUGUCGACCGACUCAUGCACACAAAGUCCGACAACCCCACCAACCUCUAAGACCCGCCUUUGUUUUCUCCUUUCCCUGUUUCAAACUUUCUAAGCUAAUUCAUAAUGCAAAUAUAAUAAAUAUAUACACAGAUUUGUUCUACAUACCUACUUACUUUAAAGUUUAAAAUAUUUUUUAAUUAUAUGUACAUAAAUAGUUUGAAUUCAAAUUGUACAUGUAAUGAUGUACUAACUAUUUAGUACUCCAUAUGUUUGAUCAACUUUGAGCUUCAUGUGAGUACAAACUGCAAAUUGGAAUAAAGUUUUCUUGUUAAGAAAAAUGAAGAUUAAAGACGGGACUUACAAGUCAAAUUCUGCUAGUUCAGUUGAGUAUCUGUUGACUACUGAUCGUCAGAAGUUGCACCAUCGCCGGCAGAAAACAAGAACUCCGGUGGCCGGAGGUCGGAGGAGGGUAAACGGUGGAAGUGGGUCACCCAAUCGAUUCGUGCUAAGCAAGUUUAAGGAAAAAGAUGAGGCAGGGGUGGGCGUCUCUGCUAGGAAGCUCGCCGCUGGCCUGUGGCAUUUGGCGGCGGAGUUCACCGCUGGUGGCGGUGGCGUGAAGCGGCAGUGUGGUUUGAUUCAUCCGCUCCACUCUUGGACACCAAUCACUAGAUCCGCAACGGAGAGAGCUACAAAGUGGGAUCCUGGCCACUUAAAAAUGUCCAGAGAAGUUAAACAUUCCAAUGGCCUUGUAAAGCUUUAUAAAAGUCAACAUACUGCUACUACCUCAGUUGCUUCUGCCUUACAUGUUGAACUAAUAAGAGCGCGGAAUUGCAUUCAAGAGCUAGAAGCUAAGAGGGGGCGCCUUAAAAAGAAAUACAAACACUUAGUGAGGAAGCUGGAAGAAGAAAGAAUCUCAUGGAUGAGAAGAGAACAGCGGAAGAUGCAUUCAGUAAUUGAUGGCUUAAAAGAUGAUUUAAGAAGAGAAAGAAGUAAUUGUAAACGACUGGAUUUUGUUAAUUCCAAAAUGCUGGUUGAUGUAGCUGAUUUAAAGGUAUCGUCCAGACAAUAUAUGCACGAUUAUGAGAAAGAAAGAAAAUCAAGAGAAUUACUGGAGGAUGUGUGCAACGAGCUAGUCAAGGAGAUUGAAGAAGACAAAACUGAAAUUGAAGCUUUGAAGAGCGAAAAUGCCAGGCUUGGCGAGGAAGUGGAAGAAGAAAGAAAAAUGCUGCAAUUGGCUGAGGUUUGGCGUGAAGAACGGGUUCAAAUGAAGCUGAUGGAUGCGAAACUACUUUUAGAAGAAAAAUAUAGCCUGAUGAGUAAUCUUAUAUCAGAACUUCAGAGCUUUUUGAGAUCUAACAAUGUAACUGUGGAUGUGACUAGCUUAAGUGAAACACAGGUGGUCAAGGAGGUUGUUGACUCAUUGAACAUCCAAGAAAUAAAUGAGUUCUCUUCUGGCUCUCCAAUAUCAAGUGACAUAUAUACAACUAAAGAGGAUACUAUUAUCGUUGAAGCUAAAAAAUUGGGAACUAAUCAGUGCACUGAUUAUAGCAUUCCUAGCCAUUCCUCUACAGUCCAUAUUGUUGGUACUGAGAGUAAAAGAUGUGAUACAAACCACAGCAGUGAGUGUUUGAAUGGCUUUCUUGAUCAAGGCGAGAGUUGCAAAGAUGCAAGUGGGAGGAGUACAGUGACCCACGUCGAAGAUCAGUUUUCAAACUACACUUUUGGUGAAACUGAGCAUUCUGUGAAUGGUAUUGACGGAGGCAGAUAUAUUUUUAGUGGCAAAGUGAAUCAUGAGAAAAACACCGGUCAAUCGAGUUCUAUGGAUUUUGAGACCAGUGAAAUCUCCUCGGUACCUCCAAAGCAAUCAAAGAAGAAAGGAUCCUCUUUUCGCAAAUUUUGGAGAUCCUCACUGUCAAAUGAUGAGUACUGCAAGACAAUCUCAUUUGAUGAGAUUGGAAGACUUCCAAAUGGAGCAGCAUCUAAUGUGGAUGUUAUUUCUUCAGAGACUGUACCAGCUGAAAGGCCAUUAGCAUACCAAGAUAUUGAGAAUCAUUGCUGCUCUGAUGGCCCAAGAAAUCUGCACAUUGUUCAAGCCAUGAAAGGUUGUAUUGAAUGGCCAAGGGGAAUCCCAAAGUAUGGUUUGAAGUCCAAGCUUUUGGAAGCAAGAUUUGAAAGCCAAAAAUCGUAAUUGUGCAAUGUACUUAACGCAUGAAUUAGGCGGAGGAUGGCUUCAGUUUGCUGCUUACUGAGGUAAUUAUACAAAUUUCAGGAAUAUCAUGAACUAAUAGUUUCACAUGGGGCAUUAGAGCGCAGCUUUAACAGUUUUAUUUCUUCUUAGCUGCCUCUUAAGGAUUUCGAUGUGGUUCAUUUUUUCAAUGAACUUCCAGAUAUCAUCAAAUUGUAUCCUCCCCAAAGUUAUAUGUUACUUUCAUCUUGUA